CGUUGGUCCGGCGUAACCCAAAUAUUUAGCUCUGUUUCUACUACAAGUUCAGUGAUAAAAUAUUGAAAUUCAAUCCGUUCCGAGUGGGUGUUUCUAUAAUGCAGAUCGUCGUAGUUUUAGUUGUGGCGUGUGUAGGUUUGGUUGCCGGCUUGCAUGUGCAGGCCGGGCCUCAAAUGACAGACGCACAAUUAGAACAGACUUUAGCCGAUAAGAGCACGAUGCAGCGACACAUCAAAUGCGCACUCGGCGAAGGACCUUGCGAUCCUGUUGGGAGACGAUUACGAACUCUAGCUCCGUUGGUACUCCGAGGGGCAUGUCCUCAAUGUUCGAUGCAGGAAACGCGCCAGAUUCGACGCACACUGGCCUUUGUACAGCGCAACUACCCAUGGGAGUGGGCGAAAAUUGUCCGCCAAUACGGUUAAAAAUUACAACCCAGGGCCUGUGCAAAGGAGGAACUAUCCUCAGGGUACUUUUUGUCAAUAUAGAUCCCUUAUGAAGUUGAACUAUAUCGAUAUAAAUCCACACAAAACUACUUAUAUCGAAUAACAUUUAAAGAGAAUUAAGAGUACCUACCCCGUGAAAUAGGUAGUUGAGUCACGAUCUUUUUCACAAUCCUUUAUGACUAUGUAAGUCUUUGGCGGAUAAAAGUACCUCGUCUGCAGCAGGCCCUUAACCAGUACAUACCUACCAAACAAUAAUUAACUUUAUAUUUUUAUACUGAAAUGAAUUAUGUCUAUUUAUCAUGUAUUGAUUUUGAUGCGUAAUAGAGACAGGACCAUUUUUUCUCUCUCACUCUCUU